UGCACAAAGCCGGCCGGCUGCCCCAACCGAAACACUCUCUCAAAUUCACAUCAAAAUUAUCGUCUAUUUAUCCUUUCGCCGCCCCCCUCCCCGCCCGGUCCCUGUACCUUUUCCCCCCCUUCGUUAAUUCGUACACUUCGUUUGUUUGUUUUGUGUUUUGUUUGUUAUUUUUUUUUCUAUCUUUCUGUCACGUUUUUAACCCGUCGAGAUACUAAAUUGAGGAGAAAACACGCAAUGGCAGAGGGGAAUGGGGAACUCAAAAUGGAAGACAAGCAGUCGUCCAAAGAGGAAAUGGAGUGCGUGGAGAGAACGGAGGACUACGCGAAGCUGAUCGAGUACGGUUUGGACGGGAAGGUCGCCUCUAAACUGGACGAGAUUUACAAAACCGGCAAACUCGCUCACGUCGAUCUUGACGAGAGGGCGUUGGAUGCUCUUCGGGAAUUUCCGGUCGACGGUGCACUCAACGUCUUGACACAAUUUUUGGAAUCAAAUCUGGAACAUGUCUCGAACAAAUCCGCUUAUCUGUGCGGGGUUAUGAAAACGUAUCGACAGAAAAGCCGAGCCGGCCAAGGCACCGGUACAAGCACCACCCCUAAAGCACCCGACGAGGACAAAAUUAAGGAAAUACUCGAAAGAACUGGAUACACAUUGGACGUAACAACGGGUCAGAGAAAGUAUGGGGGUCCACCACCAAAUUGGGAGGGCCCAACACCGGGAAACGGUUGUGAGGUUUUUUGUGGAAAAAUUCCGAAAGAUAUGUACGAGGAUGAAUUGAUACCACUGUUCGAAAAGUGUGGAAAAAUAUGGGAUCUCAGGCUGAUGAUGGAUCCGAUGACAUGUACCAACCGAGGAUAUGCUUUUAUAACUUUUACUAACCGAGAUGCUGCACAACAGGCAGUCCGAGAGCUCGAUAAUCACGAAAUAAAACCCGGCAAGAGUCUCAAAGUAAACAUUAGCGUUCCUAAUCUACGACUUUUCGUCGGGAACAUACCAAAGUCAAAAGGCAAAGGGGAGAUCUUGGAGGAAUUUGGUAAUUUGACAGCCGGGCUGACCGAGGUGAUUAUCUACAGCUCGCCGGACGACAAAAAGAAGAACAGGGGCUUUUGUUUUCUCGAGUACGAAUCCCACAAAUCGGCCUCUUUGGCCAAACGGAGAUUAAGCACUGGACGCAUCAAAGUUUGGGGCUGCGACAUUAUUGUCGAUUGGGCUGAUCCCCAGGAAGAACCCGACGAGCAAACCAUGUCCAAAGUGCGUGUUUUGUACGUGAGAAAUUUGACGCAAGAUUGCUCGGAGGAAAAGCUCAAAGAAUGUUUCGAGAUGUUCGGCAAAGUCGACAGGGUCAAGAAAAUAAAGGAUUACGCUUUUAUACAUUUUGAAGAUAGGGACAAUGCUGUUAAGGCUAUGAGGGAGUUACAUGGUAAGGAAAUCAGUGGGUCGCACAUACAGGUUGCUUUGGCGAAACCUCCGUUUGACAAGAAGAAGAAGGAAGAUAUGUUGCGAGCGAGGGAACGUAGAAUGAUGCAAACGAUGCAGGGUCGUAGCGGGGAGCCUGCAUUCGAUUUCCGCGGAUCCCCUUCGCAUCCGAGUAUGGGCGGACCCAUGCCAGGAGGGCGUGGAUCUGGUCAGGGUCCUCGUGGUUCGGGUGCGGGUAUGAGACCACCGAUGGGCCGCGGCGAUUAUGCUACCAAGGAAAUGGAUUAUGAUUACGACUAUUACGGUUAUGGGGAUUAUCGAGGUGGCUACAGUGAUCCAUAUUACGAUGACUAUUAUCGAUACGAAGAUUACUAUUAUGCGCCGCCUCCGCCACCUGCCAGAGGGAGAGGCAGGCAGCCUCAACCGGCUGGUCGUGGCCGUGGAGCAGCGGCCCGUGGCCGAAUAGUCGGUGGCCCCAAGGCCUCUGGGGUAAUCAGGGGGGGUCGCCUAGCACCAUCAUCAGGGUUCCAAGAACGUGGGGCGCGUGCGGGCGCCCGUGGACGGGUCCGCGCCAAGGGAAGUUUUUCAGGUGAGGAUGCAGGUAAGCGAAAGUUUGACGGGGGUCACCAGAACCAGGGGGAAUCUAAGCGUCGCUUCCAGAGCAGCUGGGGAAACCAGCCACUCGCCCAACAACCAUUGGGCAAUGCGUGCGGAUUGGCGAGUGUGAACGGUGGCGGUGGCAGUGGUGGCGGCAGUGGUGGGGGCGGGGGUUUGAGUGGAGUGGGAUUUGGUGACAGAUCGGGCAUAACGACAGGGGCGACGGCAGGUGGUGACGAACACGAGUGGUACCAGGACUCGUACCAUUCGUGGAGCUAACUUGUUCGUUUCUCUGUCCCGCGGAUCGUAACUGCGUGUUAUUGAACACAGUCGUACACACACAGACAGACACAGACACGCACACAGACACACAGACACACACACACACACAUACACACAGACACACACACACGCAAUACGCGCAUCGACACAAAUAUUUAUAUAUUAUACAAAUAUUCAAAUAUUCGUCCUCGGAGCGCUCGAGCGUCAGCUUCUUCGAGUGCCUGACAAACUGCCUGGGCAAAUAAAACGCGACCAAUAACCAAUGAGGGACGCGGCGUGACAUGAAAUCGGAGAUGAAACGACGAAACGCGAAGAAAAGGGAGAUGGAAUAAUAUGCAGAGUUGUGCCCAAGGCUGAUCCGCAUACUCUCCCAGAAGAUAAACACGAAAUUGCUGCUGGGAGGGGAAGAAAAUAACGGUUCGGCCUCAUCACCAUUGCCCGCAGUUGCUUCGAUUUAAUGUACAGUGAGAUCAAAGAAUCGAGGGCGAGAGAGCGAGAGAAAGAGAAAAUUACAGAUGUGCCACUGGGACGUUUAGUACUGCUAUUUACAUCUGGAGUGACCACAAACCCACCCCUGUACUAUUAUUAUAUUAAUUAUAAUGCUAUCUCGUAAGUACCACUACUGCAUUGUCACAUUGUUUACUGCCAUGCGAGCGAUCGAGUGAAUGAGCAUGUUUUAUCGAUGUUUUAUUUGUUUUAUUUUUUCUCAAUUUAUCUCACCAAUCGAUGAUAGCGAGCCCCGAAAAUGAUGAAAAUUAAACGUAGAAUGCGAGAAAUCAAUGAGAAGCGAGAAUGGAAUAUAAAAAAGAGACUAGCUAGAUGUUGGGUGAGAUUUAAAGUUUGUGCAACGUUUAGAAAAACCGUGAUCUUAUCAAGUAACGCAUAUGUUGUUUAAGUGUUUUUUUUUUGUUUUUUUUUCACAUCUCGAUCCUCGAGUGGUAAAAAAAGAAACUGAAACGUGGUCGAAUUGUGUGUUUGCGAUAAGAAUCGCUGUUUUUUUUUUUUUUUUUUUUCCCCCCCUUUCUUUUCUAUGUUAAUGCGUCAGGAGCGAAAUGGUCACUAUCUCGCUGGGCGGGAAAAAGAGACGAGUAGGAAACAAAUGAGAUAGACUAAGUACUGGGAAUCCCCGGAAGGGAGGAAAAAACGGAAACACUCGGUAGCGCCAACUGACGUGUGGCGGCGGCGACGGUAGCGCCAUCCUGUCGAGACGAGUAAGAAAAUGGAAAGCGCCCUCUAGUGAGGCUUUGUUGCAAACGGAGCGAAUGGAACGAUUAUAAAGGACGAUUCAGACAGAAAUUGAAAUUUUUAGGAUGAAAUAUUUCCGGGGAUUUUUUUCGGAUGCAUUUGGGUGCGUGUGCGUGUGAGCGUAUGGUGAAAGCGCGCCAAGCGCCAGACCUUCUAUUGUUGGUCUAUAAUGUGUACAGUCAGUAAAACUAUUAUCAUUAUUAUGAUUAUUAAUAUUAUUUUAUUAUUAUUAUUAUUAUUAUUAUAUUAUUAGAUUAAGUAUGAGCUGUUUUUUAGAGGUUAAGCAGAGAUGGCGAUCAUGUUGUUUCGAUCGUUGCAACAUCUCGCGCGGUUUUCUUCAAGCUUUUUGAAAUGAAAAUUUCAAUCGGCUUUUUCUCGUUCGUUAUUUAACUCGGUGCUCACGAAAACGAGUAAAGUGAAAAAAAUCAAGAGAAAAAAAAAUGAAAGUUUAUCAAUAAUUUGUACAGUCAAAAUUGUUUGGCACUAGCGUCAAACAACGCGAUUUAUUUAUGCUCGCCAAAAUUGAGCGGUGACAGCAUUUUCGUCAAAAUGCAAGAAAUUAGAAAAUUGGAAGAAAAAAAAACGUGAUAAAACAAUUAUGUUUCGGGGAUAUAGAAAUGUGAGGAAGCUUGAUAUAUAACUUUUUUUAAUUUGAGUUUUUUGGCUUUUUCGGAGACACAUAGACAAGCACACACACACACACGAAAACACAUAUUCUCGGAAAUAAGAUGCUUUUAUGGAUUUAAAAACGAAAGAAAUACAAAAAAAAAAAACUGGCUACCCGAAUCGAUAAUCGAUCUUCAGCGACUGUCGCUGAAGAAAUGGAAAAAUCGAAACGCGAUUUAUAUACAAAAAUGCAUGAAGAGAAAGAACACCCCCGCGAUCAAAGUGUUGACUCGUUGUUAUUGUUAGCCUGUUAGUUAAUUAGUAAGGAAUUGUAUAAUGUGAGAGGGCGCUGUAGUUGGUCCCUGUCCCUGGAGCACCCACUUCCCGCCCCUGAACCCCCUGUUCUGGAAAGUAUUCAAACUAAUGAUAAUGGGAGUUUUUAAAGAUGAAAAAAAAAAGAAAAAAAAAACAUUUGGGAAACCACCAAGCGCACUGGUAUCGAUCAAAAACGAAAACUAGAAAUUGGGAGAGGAAAAGAUCCUCGAGUGUGCCUGAAAGCAGUAGCCGUGUGCAAACGGACCAUGUUAUGAUAUAGCCCUGUUUGCAUGCAGAACUGUUUUUGCAUGCACUGCAUUCCAGACAAAAAACAACCACCCAUUUACAAAAUAUUGAAGUAGUUAUUGAAGAAAAAAGCAUAAAAAUGGAUAGAAUUGAGGAUAUUAGACAAUCGAGUAGAAGGUUUUUUUUUCUUAAAAUGUACGUUGAAAACCAAAAGUUGAGCAGAAUAUAAACCGCGUUCUUUUGCCAUUCGAUGAAGAGUCAUUCGAUAACCAUGAAAAUGAUAGAAAUUAACGGUACUAGACAGCCGCGAAGAAAAAUGUUUCACAGUUUAAUUGCUAUCGUUGAUUCCACAGCCCAAACGGGAGAAAAAAAUGAUAAUUACAAACUUUUUCAACAUCUUUUAAAUAGUAAAGCCAAAUAUAUUUUCAAACAGUAGCGCCAUCUCAACAUGUAUCAAGCAUUACUAGCAAGCCGGAUAUGAACAAAUUUACAGUGUGACCCGGUCGGAAGAACGAGCCAAAAAAAGUAACACGCGAUAACCGAGUCACGUGACCAAUACAGAAAAUCCAACCGCUAACCGUGAAAAAAAAAAAAAAACAACGAUAAAAAGAAACAAUUGUGCAAAAAAACGAAUGACACGAUCGAUAGCUCGCAAAACCUCUUAUUGAUGAGCAUUUUUUUUGUUACUUUUUAUUCAUGUUUUACUUAACUAAUUUUCUUUUCUACUUCUCGUUACUAUUGUAUCGGUAGUGAGGAGUAAAUUCUAGUAGUAGUGAUUGCAGAUCCCACCCUUUCUGACCCCGUCAUUACGCCCAUCUCCAGCAGCCUGAAUAGCCGCCAAUACCAAACGUAAUCUAUUUUCAUUGAUCCCACGUCUCAAAAUCCGUAGUAUUACGUCAAGUUAACAAGUUACGAUUUUAUCCGAGUUCUUCGUCGAUGCAAAAAAUCUCUUACGUUAAUCAGUAGCCGUACUUCGUUCUUUUUAUUCCCUCCUGCCCUCAACUUCUGCCACUGAAGGAUUUACCCCCACCCCUCACCCUGCCAUCCCGAACCUAUUUACGUACCAACAUAUUUAUAUAAAAGCAUAAUAUCGAGGAUACGAAUAAUUAUAUAAUAUUAACAGUACGAUAAGAAUGCUAUUGCUAAUCAUUACUGAGUGGGUUUUUGUGACAUGAUAUUUCCGUAUAAAAUUAAAAACAAAAAAAAAUCACAAAUGGUCGACAAACAAAAAAAAGGCAAAAAAAAAGAAACGAAGAAAAUCGAAGAAAAAAAGAGAGACGAGAGAUGAAAAAGAAUUAUGAAGAUUAAAAUAACGACACAUACACGUAUACACAUUUCCAAUUUAGCCGAGCUCACACACGAUUGAAAUAACGAUUAAUAAAAUGACUAAUGAACAAAUGAAAAGGAACGAAGAAAAAGUGAACGAUUAAUAAAAAUCAUUAAUCAAUAUCGAUAACGGAUUCAAAAAGGUAUAAGACAUUGAGAAGUAAUAGGAAAUGGAAAAAAAGAGGGAAAAGAAAGAAGGAUUGUUGAAGAAGAUAUAAACGGGAAUGAAUCGUCGGAAUUUUGCUUGCGGGGACGAGGAAGUGUGAUUACCGGGAAGAAAAGAAUAAGAAAAGGAAAAGGAAAAGAGCGCGAAAGCAGUUUUCACGGUGACGAGACUUUAGACUGAACCUAGGUACUAGGCGUUACGAUAAUUGACCACGCCCCGAUAAAAGGGCGCCCUCUAAGUAUUGCCCGAGACCUCGCUAUUUUGGCAUCUGUGCGAGGCCCCGUCUCCUACGCUCAGGCCCCCUCUCCUCUCUAUCCAUUUUGGUCGCUCUCAUGAAAACGCUCGUACAGCCGUGUUACCGACAUACACAUAUGAUACACAUAAAAUUAACAUUUUUCAACGUGUGCGGGCGUGUAACAACGUCAUCUUGGUUGAUCGAAUACAACACAUAAUUCACUCAAUGAUGUAAAACCGUGAAAAACCUUAUUGCGUAUAAUCUGCUUUUAUUUUGAGUGGGAAGAAGGGAGGGAGGGAGGGAGGGGGGGGGGAAAUCAUUUUUACAACUUAAAAUUAUUCCGCAAUUUCUUACUUUUUAUCUAUUUACACGUAACGACAGUUGACCAGCCGAAGGAGAAGGUGGAAGAGGGGCGCGGAGCGUUGGAAAGGAGGGGAAAGGAAUGAAAAGUAGAGAAUUAUGUUGAUAUUGUGGUUGGCGAAGUUUUUUGCAGCGCGCCCUUUUACCUGGCCAAUGUCCCCUUUAUUUGCGGCGCACACCCUUGCGGGGAAUAAACAACUAGCAUUUUAUUAAAAAAAAAAUUUUUUAAAUAAAAAAAAAACGUUCAAACAAAAUUUCGGAACGACCCGCGUCGAGCGGAUGUUGUGUGAUCGCGUUGGGCCCCAUCGUCUAAUUUAUGUUAAUUGCGGCCCAAAGACAUGUUUUUUUAAAUUAUAUAUAAAUAUAUUAUAUGUAUGUAUAUAUAUAAGUGCAUAUAUGUGUUUAUAUAUAUGUAUAUUAUAUAUAUAUGUACGAAUAUGCAUAUUUUUUGUAACGUCAUGUUAUUUAGCUGUAAUCAUUGGCGAGGCCGCGAUACGACGAUGAUUAUUAUUGUGACGUUAAAAUUAUUAUUGUAAUCCCUCUCGCCCCUCCAACCGCCCUAGAAAAACCCUACGCGAUUGCAAAUUGUAUCUAGAAAUUUGUCCUUUAUUUUGGCUACCUAACGCUUCGCUUCUAUUAUUUUUCACUUAUUAUUAUUAUUAUUAUUAUUAUUAUUAUUGCUAUUAUUACUAUUAUUAUCAUUAUUGCUACCGCUAUUACUACGACUAUUUGACCAUUAUUGUUUUCUUCGAAACGUUUUUUUCGCAAUUAUUUUGUUCUAUUUAAGUUUUCCCCUCCUAUUUCCCUUAAUUUUAGUUUGACGUAGUUAAAAGUAGGGAUUAAUUUGAAAAAAAAAAAAAAACAAUGUUAAACGUAAACAGCAACUACAACAACAUAAAAAAAGACGAAGCGGAUUCCUUUUUUUCUGAGCUAGGAGCUUGAUUUCAAGUGUCAAAGAUUUUUUUGUGUAUGACCAGAUGUAUUCUACAUGUCUCAAUAAACAGUUGUAUCUGAAUUAUACCUCUUUUGAGAAUAA